AUGAUUGAAAAAUGGCCGGAGAAAAGCUUCACGUCGCCGGAGAAAACUAAAAGUGGUCGGAAUUUAGAUCUGCAAGGAAGGGUUUGGUCGGAACAAGGUGAUGAAAAGGCUGUCCUGAAGAAAAAAGUUGAAAAGUUGCCUGGAUUAGGCUCACGUGCCGGCGCGUGGGGGAGUGCUUGCCGGCGCUUGGCCGCGCGUGGGAGAUCCGAUGUCGGAGCUGUUUGCAGGGGUAGGCUCGCGUCACCAGUGGCUCUCCGAUGGUGUUUGUAUGAACUCAGAAUUCUAGGUUCUCAGGCUCCUCGGGGAGUGAUUAAGUAUUACAAUGGCUGCCUAUUUCACACGGUUCAGAAGGAUUUCACUGCGCAAACUGGAGAUCCCACUGGAACUGGGUCAGGGGGUGAUUCAACAGACCCCCCCCCCCCCCNGAUUCAUUUGGACUUGAAGCAUUCAAAGAUGGGAACUGUAGCCAUGGUUAGCGCUGGGGAAAACUUAAAUGCUUCUCAGUUCUAUAUCACGCUACGUGAUGAUCUCGACUACCUUGAUGGGAAGCACACCGUUUUUGGAGAGAUUGCAGAAGGGCUGGACACAUUGAAUAGGAUAAAUGAAGCUUAUGUGGAUGAGAAGGGCAGGCCAUUUAAAAAUAUCCGAAUCAAACACACUUACAUAUUGGACGAUCCUUUCGACGAUCCUGCCCAGCUAAGCGACUUGAUUCCAGAUGCCUCACCUGAAGGGAAGCCAAAAGAUGAGGUUGAAGAUGAUGUGCGACUAGAAGAUGAUUGGGUGCCAAUGGAUGAGCAACUGGGUAUACAAGAACUUGAGGAGGUUCUGCAUGCAAAAGAAGCACAUUCCCGAGCAGUAGUACUUGAAAGUGUAGGAGACAUUCCUGAUGCUGAGAUAAAGCCUCCUGACAAUGUGCUGUUUGUUUGUAAAUUAAAUCCAGUUACUGAAGAUGAAGACCUGUAUACAAUCUUCUCACGCUUUGGAACCGUGACAUCUGCUGAAAUUAUUAGGGACUUCAAGACUGGGGAUAGCCUCUGCUAUGCUUUCAUUGAGUUUGAGGACAAAGAGGCCUGUGAACAAGCAUAUUAUAAGAUGGAUAAUACUCUAAUUGAUGAUCGAAGGAUACAUGUUGAUUUCAGCCAGAGUGUUGCAAAGUUGUGGUCCCAAUAUCGACGCAAAGACCAUAUGGGUAAAGGAAGAGGUUGCUUCAAAUGUGGUUCUCUUGAUCACGUGGCUAAAGACUGCACUGGUGAUGCCGCCAAACAGCAGUCGAACUACGUACUUAAAGAAGACAACAAGCAGCGUGGCGGAGAUGGUAACUCAAGGUAUGAAAUGGUAUUUGACGAAGAUGCUGUUGGAAGUCCUAAAGGAAAUAAGAGAGGAAGAUAUUAUGAAGAUGGGAAACAUCAUGAAAAUCACAAUCCUAAACAUAGGGAAUUGGAUGAUGUCGGAGUCCGGAAGGAUAGAAAAAGAGAUGGAUAUGAAUGCCAUAGGCAGGAGGGGAGAAGUAAAGAUUACAGAACUGAAGAGAGGCAUCGUGGAAGUGGAACGAGACCAAGUGGUGAGAAGGAGAGGGAUUAUAGGGGUCGGAACGAUCUGGAUUAUAGAAGAAACACUGAUUAUGAUAACCACAAAGCUGGGAGAGAGAGACCUGACCAUGAUAAGAGACAUGCGGAUAAAGUGAGGCAUGGAGAUAAGGGGAAUUGGAGGGAGAGUGAAAAGGCGGAUCAGAAAGAUGAGGUGGAAUAUGGUGGUGGUCAUGCACAUGGAGUUAGGUACAGAGACAAUAGGAAUGAGAGGGGCUAUGAAAAGAGGCGACUAGAUUCUCGGAAGAGGGGAAGAGCAAGAUAGAAAGCGAGGAUUAGACGGUGAUGGUAUGCGUGCUCAUGACCGUGAGCGUGAUCGAGCUCGUGAUGGUGAUCGUGAUCGGGGCAGAAGGAACUAACUCGGUGAAAAACAUUCGGUAGAGCCUGGAUAACUUCGCUAGAUCAUGAUAUUUCAAUGUAUUAUGUUUUUGUGCUCCAAUUCUUCAUUUGGUGUAUGUAACUUCUAUGAAUUAGUCUUGCAUAUAUCAGUGAUUUCUGUACUGCCAGGAGAUUGGUUGACUUUAAAGGCUCGCGAAAAGAGCUUAUUAAGGAACAAAGUUUUUGAAUGAAAAAUCGGACGAACUGAAGUCUGGAGAUAAUUUCGCUAGUGUUAUAAUACAACACAAGCAAGAGGCACACAAUCUCAGUUAUGUAAGUUAUGUCGACAAGGAACCAAAUAUGUUCUUGUUUCUUAUAAUUUUGUUUUUG